AUGGAGGGUAAAAAGGACCCCUAUACUCAGAUUGUGAAUUUUACGGUAGACGAGAUCCGUGGGAUGAUGGACAAGAAGAAGAACAUCAGAAAUAUGUCCGUCAUUGCGCACGUCGAUCAUGGAAAGUCAACUCUGACAGACUCCCUUGUGUCCAAGGCUGGUAUUAUUGCCGGUGCAAAGGCUGGUGAGACGCGUUUCACUGAUACGCGUAAAGAUGAACAGGAGAGAUGUAUUACAAUUAAAUCAACUGCCAUCUCUAUGUUCUUCGAGCUCGAAGAGAAAGAUUUGGUCUUCAUCACCAAUCCUGACCAACGUGAUAAAGCAGAGAAAGGUUUCUUGAUCAAUUUGAUUGACUCACCUGGUCACGUUGAUUUUUCAAGUGAAGUAACAGCUGCUCUUCGUGUCACCGAUGGUGCCCUUGUUGUCGUCGAUUGUGUGUCUGGUGUUUGUGUACAGACUGAGACUGUAUUGCGUCAAGCUAUUGCUGAGCGUAUUAAGCCCGUUUUAUUCAUGAACAAGAUGGACCGUGCUUUAUUGGAGCUCCAAUUGGAAAGUGAAGAUCUUUAUCAGACUUUCCAACGUAUUGUUGAAAAUGUCAACGUUAUUAUCGCUACAUACUCUGAUGAUGAUGGUCCCAUGGGUGAAGUUAGAGUUGACCCGAGCAAAGGUUCCGUUGGUUUUGGAUCAGGUCUCCACGGUUGGGCCUUUACUCUCAAACAAUUCUCUGAAAUGUACGCUGAGAAAUUCAAGAUCGAUACUGUUAAGUUAAUGAACCGUCUUUGGGGAGAAUCAUUCUUCAAUCCCAAGACCAAGAAAUGGAGCAAACAGAAAGAAUCUGACAACAAACGUUCCUUCUGUAUGUACGUUUUGGACCCAAUUUACAAGGUCUUUGACUGCAUCAUGAAUUACAAGAAAGAAGAAGCUGAUAAUCUUCUUGCCAAAUUGGGUAUCACUUUGAAGCCUGAAGACAAAGACAAGGACGGAAAAGCUCUUUUGAAGGUUGUAAUGAGAACUUGGUUACCAGCUGGUGAAGCUUUACUUCAGAUGAUAGCCAUUCAUCUUCCAUCACCCGUAACUGCUCAAAAAUACCGUAUGGAAAUGUUGUACGAGGGUCCUCUUGAUGAUGAAGCUGCUCUUGGUAUCAAGAACUGUGACCCCAAUGGUCCACUCAUGAUGUACGUAUCAAAAAUGGUACCGACAUCUGACAAAGGUCGUUUCUACGCUUUUGGACGUGUGUUCUCUGGUAAAGUUUGCACCGGUAUGAAAGCCCGUAUCAUGGGUCCAAACUUCACCCCAGGAAAGAAAGAAGACUUGUACGAGAAAACUAUCCAACGUACCAUUCUCAUGAUGGGUCGUUACGUCGAAGCCAUCGAAGACGUACCAUCUGGUAACAUCUGUGGUCUUGUUGGUGUUGAUCAAUUCUUGGUUAAAACUGGUACCAUUACCACUUACAAGGAUGCUCACAACAUGAAGGUCAUGAAGUUCUCAGUAUCACCUGUUGUACGUGUGGCUGUUGAGCCAAAGAACCCAGCUGAUUUACCUAAAUUGGUGGAAGGUUUGAAACGUUUAGCCAAGUCCGAUCCUAUGGUACAAUGUAUCAUUGAAGAAUCUGGUGAACACAUUAUUGCUGGUGCCGGUGAAUUGCAUCUUGAGAUUUGUCUUAAAGAUUUGGAAGAAGAUCAUGCUUGCAUUCCUAUCAAGAAGUCAGACCCAGUUGUUUCAUACAGAGAAACUGUUUCUGAAGAAUCAGACCAAAUGUGUUUGUCCAAGUCACCGAACAAACACAAUCGUCUUUUCAUGAAAGCUCAACCAAUGCCAGAUGGUCUUGCUGAGGACAUUGACAACGGAGAUGUAAACCCAAGAGAUGAUUUCAAAUCACGUGCUCGUUAUCUUGGUGAGAAAUACGAUUAUGACGUAACCGAAGCAAGAAAAAUCUGGUGUUUCGGACCCGACGGAUCUGGACCAAACAUUCUCGUUGAUUGUACUAAAGGAGUACAGUACCUUAAUGAAAUUAAGGAUUCUGUUGUCGCUGGUUUCCAAUGGGCCACGAAAGAAGGAGUUCUUUCAGAAGAAAAUCUCCGUGGUGUACGGUUCAACAUCUAUGAUGUUACACUUCAUGCUGAUGCUAUCCACAGAGGUGGUGGUCAAAUUAUCCCCACAACCAGACGUUGUCUGUACGCUUGUCUGCUCACUGCCUCACCAAGGCUUAUGGAGCCAGUGUAUCUUUGUGAGAUCCAAUGUCCAGAAGUAGCUGUCGGUGGAAUCUACGGAGUACUCAAUCGUAGACGUGGUCACGUAUUUGAAGAACAACAAGUCGCUGGUACACCUAUGUUCGUUGUUAAAGCUUACUUGCCAGUAAAUGAAUCGUUUGGCUUCACUGCUGAUUUACGAUCAAACACUGGAGGACAAGCUUUCCCACAAUGUGUCUUCGAUCACUGGCAAAUCCUUCCUGGUGACCCGCUUGACCAGGGUACAAGACCUUACCAAGUUGUUCAGGAUACGAGAAAAAGGAAGGGAUUGAAAGACGGUCUCCCAGACUUGGCAUCAUACUUGGACAAAUUGUAA